AUGAAUGGUGUAGUGUGGAAUGUGAGGGGCAUGAAUAAGCCCUUCAAACAAGGGAAGAUGUGUAAAUAUCUUAAGAAAUUUAAUAUUGUGUUUGCUGCUUUGUUGGAAACUAUGAUGAAGGAGAUGAACUUUGCUGCUGGUAUUGCUAGAGUAGCGAAGGGAUGGACAAUUGCUAAUAAUUAUGUUGAGGCAGAUAAUGGGAGAAUUUGGAUAUUAUGGCAGCAGAACCAUGUUAAUGUCACUAUCAUAGAAACUAAUGUGCAAGUCAUCCAUUGUUUUUUGGCGGAUAGAAUUGGAGGACAACUAGUGGCUGAGGCAGAAACUAGAGCUUUCCAGCAUACUAUUGAUUCUCUUAAUCUGGUGGAUAUGAAAGCUACUGGUAGGUUCUUUACUUGGAAUAAUGGACAUAAGUUGAAACUUUGCAAGGAGCCUCUGAAGCAGUUGAUGCAUGGGGAGAUGCGGAGUAUAGAUAACAAAGUAAAGGAAACUAGAGAUAUACUGCAGCACGUCCAGUCCCUCCUAACCAUGCAAAUCGACAAUACUUUUUUGGAGUUGGAAAAGCCUAUAUUAAGGGAUAUAAAUAAAUGGCUAGCACUUCAGGAGAAAAUACUAAAACAGAAAUCCAAGGCUUACUUGAUAGCUGAAGGAGAUGGCAAUAAUAACUACUUUUUCUUUUAUAUGAAGGCUAGGGCAAGUGUUAACAAUAUAGAUGUACUGAAAGAUGAUAAUGGAAACCUACUUCGACAACAUAAGGAUAUUGAAAGAGCUUUCCUACAGUUCUACAUCAAUCUCUUGGGUUCAGCUGCUGAGUCCAUCCCUGGUGUGGAUAUGAAUAAAAUGAGAAACGGUACAAGCUUAUCAAUAUCACAACAGCAAGAUCUGACCAGAGAGAUCACAGAUACUGAGAUUAAAGGGGCUCUAUUCUAA